AUGCCUUCGUAUAAUCCUCAGCUACCCGAUUUUGUUGAGCCCUUGUGGCUGCCAUCCUUAUUCCGUAUUGAAGCAAAAACAGAUUUAUGGACGCGGCUUGAGCAAGAGGAUGCAAAUUGUACAACAGAGCUUGAAGAGGUCUCACAAAUCACUACACCCACUAGCGAUGAUGCCUUGCUGAACAUUAAACGAUCAAAAAAAGAGUACAGCGUUCAUGAGCUAAGAGAUAAGGCACGACAAUGUAUGGCAAAGAAUAACUAUGUGGAUGCGCUUGCGGCUUUCGAAAAGUAUAUCAUCAAGCGAACAAAUGGAAAAAGCUCUCUCAAUAGCUCCGUAGUGUCCUCCAUUACUACCAAUUCUUCAUCCAGUUCACAAGCCUCAGGAGCUCCAGCUGCAGUCAGAUCAGAUAGCGUGGCUUCUCAACGAUCAAGCAGAGAGGAAAGAAACAUCAAUCUCUCUUUCAAUAGCAACUCGUUGAAAAUUUAUGUUGUUAUAGGAUGCAAUUUAGCCGUUGAAUAUACGCUAAAAGGAAAUAUUUCAACAGCAAUUGACGUGUUAUCAAACACUAUCGAAAUUAUUUCCGAGAAUAUUAAGAAAUUGCAGAAAAGAGCUUCAAGCAAAAACGAUGGUCGAAUGAGCAGAUCAAACUCUCGCAGCUCCCUCACCGGACAAGUAUCAGAUGUAAAAUCGAAAUUGAAAGAAGAUAAGGAUCAACUUAAUUUUAUGAAAGCAAUCCUUGCAUUUAAUCUCACUAACUUGCUGAUCAGAAAAAAGAAAUAUGCCUCUGCUCUUUCGUUCAGCAAAAUUGCCUUAAAGAAGUUCUCCUACUAUGGAAAUUCAGAAUUUGCGUCUUUCUUUAUGUUAACAGGAGCUGUCAUUCAUUGUCUAUUGAAAAAUUAUCAAGACGCCCAAAAUAUUCUGGUCGACUGCCUUAUCCUUAUACGGUAUAUGAAGUACCACAAAGGACGAGAAUAUAGUGGAGGGUCGGGCUCCAUCAAAAUAGCAUGGAUAUACAUUCCUGCGUCAUCACCUGACUCUAUGAGUGAGGACGACACACUAAGCGUUGCUCGAGCUGGGGAUGUUUUUCAACAGAACUGGGAGUCCAUGAUGAAAAUUCUUUCAUAUCAUAAUUUAGCACUCUGUAAAGCAUAUUUUCAAGCUUAUGGAAAAGCUGUUAAACUAAGCGACAAGGCUAUAGAGCUUGCCAAAGCCAUUCCAAAUAUAAUAGACGUCGGGUCUCUCGUUUCCACUCUAGCCAAGACAUUUAAAUUCUGCAAGAGAAUGGGUGAAACAGCCUCUGCGUAUGCCGGAAAUAUUCUAGUGAGGGUUAGCGCAGAACCUGAACAAGUUCUUCAAACGCUAAAAACAGUCACAGACGUAAAGAAGAAAUUGGUUUCACUGCUACCGUUUUUGGGCAAAAGCGAAGAUUUUAAAGAUUUGAAUAUUUCUGUAAUUGAAGAUGAAGACGAUUUGAUGGAACAAAAACAACGAGUAAGCUCAAGCCAAUCAUCUAGAUCUACACAAAGCGAGGGUAGUGAAGCAGACAAAUUUUUGCUGAAAUCUUCGCUUAAAAAUACAAUCAUUGCUGCACGACAUGAAACUUCGUCAUCACUAUCCCAAACAAAGAAAAGAAUACCUCAGAAAUCGCCAAACCAUAGGGUUAUACUUCCACCUGUGAAGCGAGUAUUGACCUCACUAGACAUGCUAAACACUCACAACACAAACCAAGAUGUAAAUAAGAGGACAAAUGACACUCGAAAAGCGCAGAGCGCCCCUAAACAAGAAAUUUCAAAAAGAAAAGAAAAACCAGAAAAUAUUAUUAAGGCAGAUGAGGUAGUUGCUGAUAUUGUGUCAAUAAUGUCAACAAAACAAACAACGGAAACUAUGAACGAUGGUUCUAAGCAGACCAUUACCUUCAACACUCCUAACUCAGUCAAUGUUAACCAAGAUCCAGCUUUAACAGCUGUCAUGGAAGAUCCAACAAAGAUGGCUGCAUUACUAAAGCUUCAAAAAGCGUUUAGAAAGAAAUUAGCACGAAACAGAGCCAAGAAGAUUAAAUUGGAAAAAGAGAAUGCUCUCAGAGAUUUCCUUGCUGAAGAGCGAAGGUGGUUUGAAGAAAACAAGGACAAGUAUUUCGAUUUGUUGUUGGAAGACGAGAAAUAA